GGAAACUCUCAGGGAUUCCCCCAAGUCUCAAGCAAUCGGCGUCUUCUUGUGCUGUCAAGGUAAACCAAUACAGAACGCUGUGGAGGAGCCCCCUGUUUUUUUUUUCGGGGCCAAAGCAGUUGUAUAAAUUACCCUGUCCUACGAUGCCGUCCACUUGAAACCACCACAAGUGUGCGCGUCUGUCGAGACAGAGCAAGGCUGGUGGAGCGGACUCUCUCACCAAUGCCUCGCAUCACCCCGGGUGCGAUACGCCAAGCCUACAGAAUCUCACCGCACGCAGCAACACUCCUGCCAGCCUGCCGGGACCUGCCCUCGACCCUCAACGAGCUGCGAUGGAUCCGUGAACACGUCGAGGAGCUCCAGCGCGGGAGGCCGGCGUCGCCCUCCAGGGCAGAGCACCAGCUCGCCUCGCUGUGCCGCCGGCGCGGGAGGGGCGAGCCCCUGCAGUACGUCCUAGGCAGCCAGCCCUUUGGCAACCUGGACCUGAAAUGCCGCCCUGGCGUCUUGAUCCCAAGGCCUGAGCCCGAAGCAUACACAACCCACCUGGCCGGCCUCAUCAGGCGAGGGUCCCUCCCAGGCAGCAGCGGGCCCAACACCACCACCACCAAGCCCCCACAGGCCCUCCGCGUCCUGGACCUGUGCACAGGGACAGGCUGCAUAGCCCUGCUCCUCUACUCGCUCCUCCGCGCCGCCAUCCCGGGGGGCCUCCACGUCACGGGCGUCGACAUCUCCGCCCACGCCGUGCGCCUCUCCCGGGAGAACCUGGCGCGCAACAUCGCCAGGGGCCUCGUGUCCGAGGCGCCCGAGGCCCCCGGGCAGUCGGUGCGCUUCAUCAGGGGCGACGUCUUCUCCGAGUCCCUGUUUGGAGGGGCAGGGGAAGAGGAGGCAGGUGGUGGUGGUGGUGGUGGUGGUGGUGUGCCGGCGGCGGUCGAGGGCUGCGAUGUCAUGGUCUGCAACCCGCCCUACGUCUCCCGGUGGGCCUUCUCCCACCAGACCGCGCGCAGCGUCCGCAACUACGAGCCGAGGAUCGCGCAGGUGCCGGAUGUGGCCUACGGCGGCGCCGGCGCCGUCAGGCACGAGGACGUGUUCUACGCCCGGCUGCUCGACAUUGCAGCGCGGCUCGGGCCCAAGGUCAUGCUGUUUGAGGUCGGGGACCUGGGCCAGGCGCUUCGCGUCGCGGAGAUGGCGCUGCGGCACGGGGGGCUUGCGGGUCUGGGCUCCUCCCCUGUGAGCGUCGAGGUUUGGAGGGACUGGCCGGACGCGGCACCCGAGGAGGACGAGCUUGUAUCUGCCAGAGUCUUGGAGGGGAGUAGAGCAGUGCGCAUUAGAGGGAGCGGCCACGGUCGUUCGGUAUUAAUACAGUGCAGCUGA